AUGAAACAAAUUGUGAUAAAUUUCUCUGAUCUUAAUGAUGAAGCAAAGAAAAAGUACAUCAAAUUUUUUGAAGAAAAUAAGAUAAAUGUGGAGAAUUAAUCAUUAAAGAAAUCUUAAGUGGCUUAAUAACAUCGAACUAGAUAAUAUAGUGCUUUAAGUGAUAUUGCUAAUAGCAAAGCUUUCACACCUGCUAGUAAUAUAUUUAUUUAAGAAGUAAGAGUCAUAGAAAUAAGGUUCAUAACACUUUAAGAUGGAUCAUUCAGUUGGAGCUAAAUUUAGUGAUUUAGAAGAGACAUACCCUAAAAUAAUGAACAAAAUAUAAAAUAAAGAUCUAUUAUCAAGACCUUUGAAAUUAAGUUUUAAUGAACUUAAUCUACUGAUAGAAGAAAUAUAUUAAAAAAAGUUUAUUGAAGAUUCUAAUAAAAUUGCCAAGAAUUAGAAAGUUUAAGAAAUAGAGUUUGUUGACUAUGUAUAUGAAUUUCUAUUUAAUAAAUUUAAGCAUUCUAAAAAUUAAGUAAGAGUGUUAACUAUAAUAGUUAAUAAUAAACUUUUUAGCAUCUGUUGAAUUAAAUGCUUUAAAAAGGAAAGAUAUAAAUAUAUUCUAGUAAUUUAUGAAAUCCAAUAAACAAGAAGUAUUGAAAUUUUACUUGUUCACAAGAGCACUUAUAUAAAAUGAACUCAAAUUGUCAUUCUAUCAUCGUAAACUAUUUUAGUUAUAUAAUUAUUAAAGCACUAAGAAAACAAGGGAUUGAUUGUAAUCAAUUGUAAUUGAAUUAAAAGUAAGUUCAAUAGAUCUCCUUACUUUUAUAUGGAUCCCCUGAGAACUAUUAAGAAUUUAAGAAAUUCUACUCUGGAAAUAGUAUAUCUGUAACUGAAUUUUAAUUUGCAGCAAUCUUAAUUUAUGAAACUCAUAUAUAAACUAAUAAGCAAAAAUCAUUAUAAUAAUAACCAAGAUCACUCUCCCCUCUUAAAAUUACUAAUAAUAAUAAUGAUUCUAAGGAUAUAAGAUAAUCUGAUUCUCAUUUGUUUAUGCAAUCAGAAAUGUCUAUAGAGAAUAAUAAAUAAUAAAAUGAAAACUUCUUCUCAUCAACUGUAUAAAGUUUUAGUAGUCAAAAGAAUUAACAAUGGAAGGUAUAAAUAAAGUUUCAUCGAAUGACAAAUGUUGUUAAUAAUGUUUAAAAAUUAAUUAAUGAAAAAUUGGAAACUAAAUUAUCAGAUUUUAUUGAAGAAAUGUUAUCAGAAAUGGAAGAUCUUACUGAUGAUUAGAAAAAAGAAUGUGUUAGUGGAAUAGAAGAGAGGAUUGUCGACACAGUGGCCAUUCUUUUAGAUGCUAUCUAUAAAUUUGAUAAGUUAUUGUGGUAUAAUUGAUUAAAUUUAUCAAGGUUUAAGAAAUUGAAUAAAUAGCCAGAUGAACUUGGAUUAGAAUAUAUAGAAAAUUUACAGAAGCUUUAUCGAUCAUUAGUUAAAGCAAAACAACCUUUAGAUGAUUAAUUAGAGCAACUUUGCCAAUAAAUGAUGCAAGUAAUUAUUUAAUUAAUAAUUAAAAGACUCCAAAUUUGGCUAAGUAAAUAGGAAAUGAAUUAUUACAAUACUUCUAUAAUUGUGAAUGA